ACUUCACGGUUCAAGCUGGCAACGUUCAUAGGCGGCUUUCGGCACGCCUAUGCUAGCUGUGCGCUUUCCGUAACUAUGUUAGCUGCAAGAAACCUUAUAAAGCUGUGAAAAAGGGAAGAACAUGCGAAAUUGCCAUGUUGCCUGAGUCCGAGAAGUUCGUUACCGUGCCUAUAUCGCCCCAGGAACUAGCUUUGCUGGCGGAAGUUGAUAGUCGUCUAUUUGGCUUUCUGAAGCUGAACACGCCGGAGAACUUCAAGAAGAAAGCCCUGAUCCUCAAGGGCGUCCGUCACCUCGAGCAGGUGCUGAUCAGUCACCAGCAGCAGCGGAACAAGCGCACCGAGGGCGCAGAUGCCGGAAGCAGUGACCGCGAGGUGGCCAGCCGCACGUCCGCGGCUGCGGCACAAGGGGCGGAGGGGGUUGUGCCGGGAGACGGGGUCUCGCCAUCGGACUUGAAGAACGCCGACGCACCGAAGAAGGACCCCGAGCGGAAAGCCAAUCUGGUGGCGGGGAUGGUGGCCCCUCUGCUGGGCAUGAAGGACCUGGAUCCCAAGACGUACUGCAAGUUGGGACACUUCCAGCUUCUCCUGGAGGACUAUGCAAAGGCCCUUUCUGCAUACCAGAAAUAUUAUGCAAUUAAGGAGGAUCACUGGAAGGACGAACCUUUCCUCUAUGGCCUUGGCCUGAUCUACUUCCACUACAGUGCCUACCAGUGGUCCAUCAAGGCCUUUCGUCAAGUGCUGUACAUCGACCCUGGAUUCCAGCGGGCCAACGAGAUUCACUUCCGGCUCGCUUUGAUGUUCAAGGCCAUCUCUGACUACGAGUCGUCUCUCAAGCAUUUUCAGUUGGCGCAAACCGACUCGAGGUUGAGCACUUUCACGAAAGCUGAAAUACGCUUUCACAUCGCUCAUGUCUUAGAAGUUCAGGGCAAGUUCAAGCAGGCCAAAGAAGCCUAUGAGCAGCUCCUCGAACUGAAGGACCUCACCAGGUCCGUCCGCGCUGAAACUUUGAGGCAGCUUGGUUGGAUGCACCACACCCUCGAGUCUUUGGGAGAGAAGCCCCAGCGGCAGGCGUACGCCCUCCACUGCCUGCAGAAGUCCAUUGAGGCGGACCCGUCAAGCGGCCAAUCGCUCUACUUCCUCGGGCGCUGUUUCGCCAGCAUUGGCAAGGUGCACGAUGCUUUCAUCUCAUACCGCAACUCUGUGGACAAGGCAGAGGCCAACGCGGACACCUGGUGCUCCAUAGGGGUGCUGUACCAGCAGCAGAGCCAGCCCAUGGACGCCCUGCAGGCGUACAUCUGCGCAGUGCAGCUGGACAAGGCCCACAGUCCGGCCUGGACCAACCUGGGGGUGCUUUACGAGAACUGCAGCCAGCCCCAGGAUGCCCUCAAGUGCUACCUCAACGCCAUGCAGGGAAAAGGCUCAGUGAGCAGUAACCUCAACACGCGGGUCAAGUUUCUGCAGGGGCAGCUGAGCGCUGCCCCUGCAGCCAACGUUCAGAAACCGCGGCAGCUGCCGUGCAUCGAGGAUGCCUGGAACAUCCCCAUCUCCCAGGAGAUGGCCUCCAGGCAGAACAGCCAGCAGAACAGGUCUACCGUGGGCACUGUGGCCGGGAACGUGGCCUCCUCCCAGCGGCCCAACGCCGGAGGCUACGGUGCCACCGGUCCGCAGCAGCAGCAGGGCUACGGAUACCCUGCGGGUCCCGCCUCCUCCGGCUACCAGCCGGGCCCGGAUUCGUCGGACCAGGACGGCAACAGCGCCAAGAAGCUGAAGGUGGCCUCGGGGUCCUCGAGGGCGAUGACCCCGGUCGGAGGGGGCCCCACGGUGGCAGGGGCGACCCAGGCAGUGGGGAGCUCCCCCACGGGAGGCGUGCAGCCGGCGCAGCAGCCCCCGCCCUUCUACCUGAACCAGCAGCAGCUCCAAGUACUGGGCUACCUGCAGCAAAAUCAGGCAACCCUGAACCCCCAGCAGCGCAUGGUGCUUCAGCAGCUUCAGCAGCAGCACAGGCUCAUGCAGCAGCACAAGCAGCAGCUGCUGUUGCAGCGUCAGCAACAGCAGCAAGGCAUGGUGACUGCGGGACAGCCUACGGCGGCCCUCGCCGGUCAGCCCGGAGCGGCGAGCUUUGGCCAGCGUCCUUAUCAGCAGCAGCAACUUCAGCCGCCUUACGGUGUUGCGCAGCCACCAGUACCCCCACAACAGCAGCAGCAGCAGCGGAUGACCAAUGGCUACGCGCCGCCGGCUGCCUUCCGGAUGAUGCAGGGCCAGCAGCUUCAGCAGGCGGGGUUGCGACCCGGGGCGCCCGUGCCCCCCGGGUCCAGACCACCCGGUUCGCAGCAGGCGCCAGGGGGUGGCGCAUUGCCCCCGGGGCAGGGAGGAGCCCUGCAGAGGCCCGCCUUUGCGCAGACCCUCGCCGGUGGUCCCGUAGCGCCCACACUGGGCACUGUGCAGGGAAGGACGUCCCAGCCGUCUCCACCGGUGGCUACUCUGAGCGACCGCGACUUGCAAAUGCUGCUGUCGCAGAAGGAGGCGGCCUCUCUGCUGGCCGAAGACCUGCUUGCGCAGUUUACGGGCGACCUUCUGGACGUGCCUAAAGUCACGACCGAAGUGACCACAACGCCCACAGAAGCAGCAGACGGCGCAAGUGUAAAGGGUGGCACAGCCGACGACCUCAAGGAAGGGCUCAAGGUGGGUGCGGCGGCCGUGUCGGAGCGGCUGCUGGCCCUGUCGUCUGCUAGUCAGCCCCGGCCGGGGGCCAUCUCGAUAGCUCUGUCGGCGUCCCAAAUCCUGGAAGGAUGUGCGGAGGUGGCCAAGGCGGGGGGCGCCUUCCCCCUCAACCUGCUCACGGACGACCCUUCCCCUCCGAGGCCCCCCGACGCCCCUUCGCCCCCGCCAUCCAAGGACCAGCUGCUCCCGCAGACCCCCAGCGUGUUUUUGGAGAACAAGAAGCAGGCCUUCUCACCUCAGCUGCAGGAGUUCUGCGUGGCGCACCCCAUUGCAGUGAUUCGGAAUAUGGCCAAUGUCCUCAAACUUGAUCUUGGCCUCUUCUCCACAAAGACCCUUGUGGAGGCAAAUCCAGAUCAUACAAUAGAGGUUCGCACACAGCUGAUGCAGUCGCCGGACGAGAACUGGGACGCCGAACGUCGUAACAUGGUGUGGCGGUGCGAAAGUCACCGGUCGCACACGAGCAUUGCGCGGUACGCCCAGUACCAGGCUUCGUCCUUCCAGGAGUCGCUCAAGGAGGAGCAAGAGAAGGUGCAGGGAGUCCAGCGGGAGUCGGAUAGCGACUCCAACUCCUCCCUCCCGUCCCGCCUGGGUGGCGGCGGGGGCUCUGGCAGCGGGGGCAGCGGCGGCAAGCGCUGGAAGCGGAGCGCCCACUUCAAGACCAUCAAGUUCGGCACCAACGUGGACCUGUCGGACGAGCGCAAGUGGCGCCCCCAGCUGCAGGAGCUGACCAAGCUGCCGGCCUUUGCCCGCGUGGUGUCGGCGGGCAACAUGCUGAGCCACGUGGGGCACACGAUCCUGGGCAUGAACACGGUGCAGCUGUACAUGAAGGUGCCCGGCAGCCGCACCCCGGGCCACCAGGAGAACAACAACUUCUGCUCGGUGAACAUCAACAUUGGGCCCGGAGACUGCGAGUGGUUUGCCACGCCCGAGGAGUACUGGGGGGUGGUGCACAGCCUGUGCGAGCGGAACAACAUCAACUACCUCCACGGGUCUUGGUGGCCGCUGAUGGAGGACAUGAUGGCCGCCAGGGUGCCCGUGUACCGGUUCCUGCAGCGGCCGGGUGACCUGGUCUGGGUCAACGCGGGCACGGUGCACUGGGUGCAGGCGGUGGGCUGGUGCAACAACAUCGCCUGGAACGUGGGGCCCCUCAACGCCAGCCAGUUCCGGCUGGGGCUGGAGCGCUACGAGUGGAACAAGUUGCAGAGCUUCAAGUCCAUCGUGCCCAUGGUCCACCUCUCCUGGAACUUGGCGCGCAACAUUAAGGUCUCCGAGCCGCAACUCUUCGAGCUCAUCAAGUACUGCCUGCUGCGGACGCUGAGACACUGUCAAAUCAUUGUGGAGUUUGUCAAGAGCCUGGGCAAGGAAAUCCGCUGGCAUGGCCGGGGCAAGAACGAGAUUGCCCACUACUGUGCCACAUGCGAGGUGGAGGUGUUCAACAUCCUGUUUGUGAAGGAGGUGGACAAGAAGCAUGUGGUGCACUGCCUGGACUGCAGCCGGCGCAUGAGCCAGCGCCUUGAGGGCUUUGUCAUCCUCGAAGAGUACUCAAUCGAGGACCUCAUGGAGGUCUACGACAGCUUCGCCCUGCAGCCGGCGACGGUCCCUUCAACUACCACGUGACAGUCAAGUGGGGCGUGAGAAUCAGCGGCGACGACCAGACAGUGUGCCGUGCCUUUGAGCGUCGAGACGCCACGCUCAAUCGGCAACGACGCGGGAAGCCCUCGCGGGUGUGCCACAGACGGACACUAGCCGAUCGCGAUCGGCGACGCGACUUCCCCGAGGGCCGUUGUUGUUGUUGUUACUGGCAGGCACGUGCGUAGUCUCGGUCUGCCGCAGCAAGGGCUCAGAUAGAUGCUUCUGUAAAGUCCGGCAGAAAGAUGUAUUGAGUGCUGGUGUACAUAGCAAGAACGUUCGCCUGUCUUGGCAUUUCGAUCGUGAAAGACUCGUGUUUGUUGGCGAGAGGAUGUCGUCGAGCGAUGGUGGCAAUUUAAUUCAUACAUUGUUUUCUUUUUUUUAUAGAUAUGUCAGACAUGGAUAAGGCGGACGAAAUUGUCGAGGCAAUGCCGCAAAUUUGAGACAAAUGUGGGGAAAAAAAAGCUGUCUUUUUUUUUCUUUUUAUAGGUUUGCGCUCUAUUAUUAUACAGACUACCCUGAAUGUUUUCCAAUUGGUAACUUAUUGAAAAAAAAAGAAGAGAGAAACGGGAUUUUAAAUUGAGCGUCUUGUCGCAACACUAAUCUCAAUGCGGACUCUGCAGUCCGGCUUCCGUUACCCAGCGGGUAUUCGUCACCAGUAAUUCUAAACCUCUGUAGCGAUUAUAUAUAUAUAUAUGCGCGAGAAUAUAGUACACACGCUCCGAGGAUUAACGAAGGUAUCCGUAGAACUCUCCAUUUUCAUAUGCUGCCGGAAUUCGUUCGUGCACGUAGAUAUCCAUUACUUCUUUUUUUUUUUGCCUUUGAAAAGUGUGUGCGCAUAGUCUGGACAACAAGCUAGCGUGCUACGGUUUUAGGGUUGUCUGUCCUGCAUGGUCCCGGUUCGUAAACAAGCAGCAAGAGUGUUUUCCCAAGGGAAAGCGGACAAAAAGGAGUCGCGGCUCCCAGUGCAAAUUCCGUCUCCCUUUGUACACAACACUGCCAUUCUUUUUUUUUAAAUGUGCUGCCUCUGGUCAGCGUGGAAGGCACACACAUGCACAGCUUUCAGGACCUGUAAUAUAGCUUGGCAAAAGCCGAGGCACCAUUGCGAUCGCCGUCGCCAAUAGGUCUUUGCGCCCCCUCCCCACCCCCUCAUCACCUUUUUGUAGUUUUGUACGCGACAAGCGGAUUUUGCAGCAGCAGCAGCCGAAGCUCACUCGACCCUAGCCCAGCUCCCCAAAGGCAUUAUUAUUAUUGUCCAUGAUCUCAGUUCGACGCGUGGCGCAUGUAUUUAUAAGUUUGCGGAAAGACGCAGUGGUGUUCCAAUAUUUGUUCCCCCAUCACCCUUCUUCCCCCCUCCCCCCCUUUUUGCCCACCCCUGCCUCCCGUGUAUUUAUGUAAUGUCUUUGCAUUUAAAGACAAAGUUUAUGUUUAUUAAAAAAUCUCAAAAGAUUU